UGGAAUCCACCAACCAUAGCAUUGAGGCUUCCUCCAGCAGCUCGGCUCCAGCCAGCCAUAUUCGGCUGUAGAAAUAAAGCAGCUCUAAUGUUAUAUGUCACCUGCAAAUAACCCAGGCGUUCGAAAAAAGCAAACCACCACCACCAAAAUCCACACCAACACCACGUCCUCUCCAUUACACAAAAGUCCUUCAAAAUGAGCCUGGAAGCCUGGCUCCCGCAGCCCACCUUGUUCCUCACUGGCCUCAGCUUGCUCCUCUCACUGGCACCCACGGGCCUGGGCAUGGAGGUCAUGGCUCCUGCCACCAUCAAUGCCUUGAAUGGCUCCUCUGUGAAGCUCUCCUGCACCUUCAACUCCUGCUACAAGGUGGAAAACAAGCAGUUCUCCCUCAACUGGACAUACCAGGAGUGCAGAAACUGCUCUGAGGAGCUGUUCCUGCAGUUCCGGACGAAGAUCAUGAACAAGCAGCUGGACCGCUUUGGGAACCGGGUGGAGUUCACUGGGAAUCCCACCAAGUAUGACGUGUCCUUCACCCUCAAAAACGUGCAGCUGGAGGAUGAGGGCACCUACAAUUGCUACGUCCUGAACCCCCCGGACCGUCAGCGGGGUCACGCCAGCAUCAGCUUGAAGGUACUUACCCAAGAGCCCCCAAAGCACGACUCGACAGUGGCUGUCAUCGUGGGUGCCUCUGUGGGCGGCUUCCUGGCCGUGGUGAUCCUGGUGCUGAUGGUGGUGAAAUGUGUGCGCCGGAAAAAGCAGCAGAGGCUGAACACGGACGACCAGAAGACAGAGGAGGAAGGGAAGACAGAUGGGGAAGGCAACCCAGAUGAGGGCACCAAGUAACACCCCCCUGCCCACCCCUCCCUCCUCACCCCUGUACAGUGUGACCCCCCCUUGAUGUGCUUCCCAGAGCGAGGAUUCCUGUCUCCCCAGAGCAUCCCUCCUUCCAUCCAAAAUCACACCUGGCCUGGAGCAGGGCACAGAGAGAUGGUCCCUGGAGCCUGGCCACAGCAGGCUGGGGUGGGGAGGGGGCUGGGGUGCCAGGGGGCUGCCCCUGGGGCUGAGCAGGGAUUGGCUGGGCUUGGUUGCAGUGCCAGAGCACUGCAUUGGGGCCUGGGGAGGUGAUGGGGUGGGAAAACCCCAGAGAUGGAGGGCUGGAGCCAGGGGGGUGCCAGGAAUGGCAGAGGGAGCCAGGCAGACCCCUGCCUCUAGAAGAGAGCAGAGGCCAGCAGCAUCUGCCCUGGGGUUCACAUCCCACCCCUGACGCACUCCUGCUGUGCCUGGGGCAUGGGCACUGGUGUACCCAUCCCCAAGGGACCCCUGAGAGCUGCUUGUCCCCUCCCUGUGAGCCCUGUGUGCCAGUGCUGAGGGUGCCAUGAGAAGGGGCUCAUGCUCCCCCUCAAGGAGUGCCCCAGCCUGCCCAGCAGUGGGUGGCUGGGUAACCAGCAUCAGCCCACUCUGGGUUUUGGAGCUGCUAAUUGCUCCUGGUGUGUAAUGGAUGUACCCUUCUGCCUCUCGGGCUAUUUUUGGGCCUGAGCAUCUCAGCCGAAGGUGUCGGGCUGACUUUUUUUUGUUUCCUUCUUGGGGAGAGUAAUACCAAGGGAAAAUAUUCUGCUGACGUGCCAAACCGAGGUGAUGGGGAACAGCAGGGUGCAGCUGCUAGGGACGGAAAGCUGCUGAGAGGGAAAGGAGUUUUUUGGGCACUUGCUGGGAAGGACUGGGCAUAAUGGUGGGCCCAGAGGCUCUGGGACCCCUGAGUAACCUUAUGAUGCUGAAACUGCCACCUCCAGCCUCCCUGCAGAGUACUGCACAACCCGUAACUGCCAGGGCAAAGCACUGCCAGCCUGCACCACCACGGCCCCAUGCCUGCUUGUGGCAGCCCCCAGAGCUGCCCUACCUGCUGUCAGCAGUGCCCUGGGCAGGCAGGAGCCAGGGAACAAAGGGACAGCCCUGGGGUCCCUCCUCUGCCCCCAUCGCUCUCUGCCCGGCCCUGCCUGCCCUCCCCGUCCCUCUGCACCUCGCUGGGCUCCAUGCUGCUCCCCAUCCCCUCCUCAGCUGGAAUGCUCUGUCUCUCACCAUGGGGCUGCCCCCCGUGCCCACGCUGAAGGGCUUUCCCCGUGCAGUGCCAGUUGUGGGACUGCUGGAAGCGGGACUGAGCUGGCAACCUUGCAGCCAAAGGCCCCUGACAGUCGCACAUGACCCAGUCUUGCAUCUGCCUUUUGUUUCUUUUGUGCACUAUCCUUGGAUUGCAACUUGCCAAUGCAUCUGUAUGUACAUAGCUGUACACAGCAGAGAGGUUCUCUACAAAUAUAUAUAUAUAUAUAUAUCUAGACACAGGUGGACACAGGAGGCGCCGGUAUCGCUUGUAACUACGGUUUUGGGGUUGCGCCUUCUGGUUGGGCUUCUCCUGCCAAACGCUGCCGAGUGGAGGAUGUUUUUAUUGCUCUUUGUACAGUCAAAUGAACAAAAGAACGACAAAAUGCAAA